UACAUAACGUUUUACAGAGUAAAGACUCACCUUUCACCGCUCUACAAUUAUGUAGCAGAGGAUUUGUUCGACUUUCCAGUCUUUCUUAAGUGCUAUCAUUAGUCUAGUGAGGACGCUUUAUUUCUGUGGUAACUGCAGCCAUGCAGCAGGAGCUUUUGUUCAAAGUCUUAGUCAUCGGAGACUUGGGAGUGGGAAAAACUUCCAUCAUCAAGCGGUACGUGCAUCAGAUCUUCUCCCAGCACUACAGAGCCACCAUCGGGGUGGACUUUGCCCUGAAGGUGCUUCAGUGGGACAAUGACACUGUGGUCCGUCUUCAGCUGUGGGACAUAGCAGGACAGGAGAGGUAUGGGAACAUGACUCGUGUUUAUUAUCGUGAGGCUGUGGGGGCACUGAUGGUGUUCGACGUGACGAGGGCCUCAACGUUUGAGGCCGUGCUGAAGUGGAAAGAUGACUUGGACUCAAAGGUGACCCUGAACCAUGGGAGGCCAGUUCCAGCUGUACUCUUGGCCAAUAAGUCAGACCAGUUGGCUUACCAGACACCCAAGCUCGACUCUUUCUGCAGGGAGAACGGCUUUGUUGGCUGGUUUGAGACCUCUGCAAAGGAAAACAAAAACAUAGAGGAGGCAGUGUGCUGCUUAGUGGAGAACAUCCUGAACAAUGAAGAGUGUCCAAUAAUAGAGCGAGACCCCGGCUCUCUCGUCCUGUCUGGCUUCACUAACAGCAGAAAGGAAAAUUUCAACUGCUCAUCAUGUGUGAAAUGGUGACUCCCGACCAAUCACAGAGGAUAAGGAAGUGAACAGCUGAGCUUCCACAGCCAAAGAAUUCAGUUUGACUCAGGGACUGUUUGUAUAAUGCCGUUGUGUUCCCUUAAUGUCAAAAGUGUUAAGUAAAUGACGUAUUAAGUAUUUUGUUAGUUCAAUUCAGAUUUUUUAAAAUUCUUAAAUUGUUAAAAAUUGAAGGGAGAGAGGAAUUUAAUGUUAAGUCAACUUUAUAUUUUAUAUAUAAACAUUUAUUGUAGGUUCAAAUUUAGAUUUCAUAAAUGUUGAAAGGUUCUUUUGUAAGAUUUAUUUUGGCCUUAAGAAUUUACAAAAAAGUGCACAUAUUCUAUAUAGUAAUUCAUAUUUAAUGUAUGUAUAGACUUAUACUGUAUAAUCUAAUAUAUAUAUAUACAUUUUUGUUACUGUGCUUGCUUGCUCUGAACAUAUUUAAUAUUGUGCCUCAAACAUUUGUUUGUACAGACAACUCUUGACACUGGAACUUUUGUCUUCUGUAUUUAUGAACACACAAAAACAUAAAGCGUCGUUGCAUUCCUUCAUU